AUCAGUUGCCUUGGUAGAUAGCAUUGUUCAAGCCGCCAUCAUACUCUCGCGCUUGAGCUCAGCUCGCGCUUCUGAGUUCAGCCUGCUCAGACUUGAAAGAGGGACAGUCUGGGUAAAGGAUCCUCAGUCAUGGCCUCUUCCUCUUCCUCCAUGCCUUCUGGGCCAUGCUGCCAGAGGUGUUACCGGGAGAAUCGUUCCGUCGUUCCCUUGGAAGAAGAUUAUGACACACGGGAACUUGUCUGUUCCUCCUGCGGUCUGGUGGAUCAGGCUCGAUCCGGCGCGCGAAACCUCGUGGGCGAGUCAAAUGCUGGAGCCACGGUUUUCGAAGAUCAUGAUAUGUUGACAACUUGGAAAGGAGAGUGGAAUGCCAACAGCAGUCUGAAUGAGAGGCGUUUCAAGUACACGCUCGCAGGUCUUCUCGACACGUACUUGGUAGACGCUCGAACGUGUAUUCUUGAACAACCUGAUCCCGACCUGAAAAGACAUGCAACGACCAUCUUUGAACAGAUCCGCCGAGCUGAACAGAGGAAACGUAACGUCUCAGCUUCGUCAAGAGGUGAUCCGAGAUACUUUCACGCCACGACCAACCCUCACAGUCGAGUCUUUCCGUUCCAAGUGGUUGUGGCUAUCAAGCUGGCCGCUCAGCUUAGAACAUUAGCAUGGAUCAAUACGAGAUUGGAAAGGGAGACGCAAUGGGAGCAAGGGAUCGCCAAGACGCCUCAUGGAUCUGUACCAGUUGUUCCGCCUUUAUGGGAACUGUAUAAAGCGACUCAUCGAUUGCCCAACGUUAGUGCAGGAAGAUUGGACGAUUAUUACUAUCUCGAUCGAACGCUGAGGUCCUCCUGUCAACUUAUCAGAUGCCCCUUAUCACGGACAGACGAUAUGCUUUGCCUGUUCCUUCAAGCUAUCAGACGGUUCAAAACGCUCGCCUCGUUCUCAUCCCAUCAAGAUCGGCUACCUCAUCUGCUUUCGAAACCGCUCAGUGGCGAGAGCAAAACUUCUGCCAUUCGAGAAUGGAGAGUAUCGGAUUGGGCGUAUUUCGAUGAUGUCGAGAUAGACUGGGAGAAAGUUCUCGAAGUUGGUUACAAUCUUUACCAAGCCCAGCAAUGCGUUAGUCUAUGGGACCAUACUGCCGCCGCCCAAUGCGCUGUCGCUCUGUGCUUUGUCGCUACAUCUGGCGUUCUGCGCGAGGUCAUUCCUCAGCAGAUCAACAUUUUACGAGAGCUGUCCUUGGAAUUCGGAUUGAACGACCAAACGACCAAUGAAAGAUUUAGAGAUCUCAAGAAGUUUGUCAUUUCAUGGUCGAAUUCACUCAAAGACGCUGGUAUUCCAUUCCCUCAAGUCAAUCCUCCAAGGGUGGGUGGACUAGGAGAUGGGUUCAAGAAUUACGCCAGCGAUCUCAGGCGAGGCAUCCCAGAACAAGAGAUCCUCUGUGCAGUCACUGUCGACGUGGCGACGCACUGGCGAGAUAUCCUACAGGCUAGGCUCAAUACACGUCAGGCAGCCAAAACGUUUGCAGAAGAAUUACGAGAUGCCAGGAGUCAAGCUGCAGCGGCUGGAAUGAGAUUGGAGCCCAUCCUCAUGUCGCGUCGAUGGAAGGAAGAGAACGAGAAGAACACGUCGAUGCAAUUUGCAUCGGCCAUGUUGCAUUCAACUGACCCCAAAGUCGACCGUGCCGACGCCAAUGCUGCCUCACAGUCACGUCGAUCGCCGCCCCCCACUCCACCGCUCCAUAGACCCGUCGAUCUCAAGGACACUUCGCGAAUAGACACACUUCUACAGGAACAAGACGACAAUUCGUCGGACGGUGGAAAGUCAGAAGUGUCGACAGACGACGAGGGAGCCCCGUCCCGCCAGCGCAGGUCUAUCGAGCCUUCCCCCGGACUCAAUCUCCACGGUCUUGGAGAAGAUUCGCAACCGUUCGCUUUCACCAUUGGUCCAGAUGGCUUCAGUCGAGCACAAGACGAUUCAGCGAACCGGAUUACUACACCUGCAUCCAUGUCUUCUGCCGGUAAACCUCUUGCCGGCGUUGCUGGGACAUCCGAGCUGUCAGCCGCUUCCCAAGGUAUGGAAAGGUUGCCAUCCAUUUCGACCAGAGUCUCUGCCGGUCCGGAUAACAAUUCCGCCUCUGAAACGGAGCAAACGGUCAGUCGGUCCUACAAGUCCAAUCAUGCCGAGUAUAGUCGAGCCAGCAGCGUUGCGGCUUCUGACACCAGCAAGCACUCCGCUCCCAUGUCAGUGUCUGGAUCCAGCUUCGCUCUGCCCAUAACGCCAGGUCUGUCGGCGACUCCACUUCGUGAGAUGAGUUCGGCUCCAUCCGAGGCAGGAUCUGGAUCGUUUCAUCGAGCGAAAUCUCUCGCCUUGAGUGACGUGGGCGAUUUUACAGAUCCAGAUUCUCAUGUUGGCAUCUUGGAACGGGAACGUGAUUUCUACAUGACAAAUCGAAAAGUCAGUAAAGCCGGUGCGAAGGCCAGAAGAGAUCAAGCGAAAGCGGACAGGAUGGCAACGGGAUGGAUACCGAAACCAUUUGGAGGAGGUCGGAAAAGGAAAACCGCGGGGAGCAGCACUGAGGAGGGCGUGGAGAGCGGUGCCAGUGCGGAUGGACCAGGAUCAGGAACAGGCUCAGGACCAGGAUCAGGGCCUGGAUCAGGAUUGAAAGCUGGUAAGAGGCACAAACCACCUGUUGAGAGGAUCUUGGCGAGGAUGGCCAAGUCAGCGGAUGCAGCGGUGGCAGUCGACAUUGUGGAAAGUCAAGCGCGUGAUGAUCUGCCGCCAGUACUUGCGAGGGCGGAAUCUUGAGCGGAUCUCAUUUUGGGGAACCAAUGAUCUGGACAUCUGAAGACGUGCAGAGAUAGAAUGCUAGAGAUGGACACGCGUGGAAUAGUUGUGCAGUAGACAAUAAAAUCGUUGUAUGAUCCCCUUUUAUGUAUCCUGUCAUUGAGCUCGAG